GCCGCCGCCUCCCAGUCCGGACCGCAGGCCACCUCCGGAGUCCCCGCCUGGCCGCCGCCGCCUGGCCGCCACCUCCAGCGCGCACGGCCGCCGACUCCUUUCCAGGACUAACUGCGGAGACCCGGAGCGAGCUUCUGCGGGCAGCGAUGCGACCCUCCGGGGCGGUGGGAGCCGCGCUCCUGCUGCUGCUGGCGGCGCGCUUCCCGGCGGGGCAGGCGCUGGAGGAGAAGAAAGUGUGCCAGGGCACCAACAACAAGCUGACGCAGCUGGGCACGCUGGAGGACCACUUCCUGAGCCUCCAGAGGAUGCUGAACAACUGCGAGGUGGUCCUGGGGAACCUGGAGAUCACCUACAUGCAGAGGAACUACGACCUCUCCUUCUUGAAGACCAUCCAGGAGGUGGCUGGCUACGUCCUCAUCGCCCUCAACGUGGUGGAGACGAUCCCUCUGGAGAGCCUGCAGGUCAUCCGGGGGAACGUGCUCCUGGACAACACGCACGCCCUGUCCGUCUUGUCCAACUACGGGCCCAACCGCACGGGGCUGCGGGCGCUGCCCCUGCGCAGCCUGCAGGAGAUCCUGCACGGCGCCGUGCGAUUCAGCAACAACCCCAGCCUCUGCAGCGUGGACACCAUCCAGUGGCAGGACAUCGUCGACACCAGCUUCCUGGGCAACAUGUCCACGGACUUUCAGAGCAACCCAUCCGGCAGUUGCCAGAAGUGCGAUCCGAGCUGCCCCAACGGGAGCUGCUGGGGUGCGGGGAAGGAAAACUGCCAGAAACUGACCAAAAUCAUCUGCGCCCAGCAGUGUUCGGGGCGCUGCCGGGGCAAGUCCCCCAGCGACUGCUGCCACAACCAGUGUGCGUCCGGCUGCACGGGGCCCCGCGAGAGCGACUGUCUGGUGUGUCGGAAGUUCCGGGACGAAGCCACGUGCAAGGACACCUGCCCGCCGCUCAUGCUGUACAACCCCACCACGUACCAGGUGGACGUCAACCCGGACGGGAAGUACAGCUUCGGAGCCACCUGUGUGAAGAAGUGUCCCCGCAACUACGUGGUGACGGACCACGGGUCGUGCGUGCGGGCCUGCGGCUCCGACAGCUACGAGGUGGAGGAAGACGGGGUCCGCAAGUGUAAAAAGUGCGAAGGUCCCUGUCGCAAAGUCUGUAACGGAAUAGGCAUCGGAGAGUUCAAGGACACCCUCUCCAUAAACGCCACGAACAUCAAGCACUUCCGGAACUGCACGUCCAUCAGCGGCGACCUCCACAUCCUGCCGGUAGCCUUCAGGGGCGACUCCUUCACACACACGCAGCCGCUGGACCCCAAGGAGCUGGACAUUCUCAAGACCGUCAAGGAGAUCACAGGGUCUCUGCUCAUCCAGGCCUGGCCGGAGAACAGGACGGACCUGCACGCCUUCGAGAACCUGGAGAUCAUACGCGGCAGGACCAAGCAGCACGGCCGGUUCUCCUUCGCGGUGGUCGGGCUCAACAUCAGCUCCCUGGGGCUGCGCUCGCUGAAGGAGGUCAGCGACGGCGACGUGGUCAUCACCGGGAACCGCCACCUGUGCUACGCCGACACGGUGAACUGGAGGACGCUCUUCGGGACCCAGGGCCAGAAAACCAAGAUCGAGAAGAACAGGGACGGGAGAGACUGCCGGGCCCACGGCCACGUCUGCAACCCGCUGUGCUCGCCCGAGGGCUGCUGGGGCCCGGGGCCCCGGGACUGCAGGUCCUGCCGGAACGUCAGCCGCAACAAGGAGUGCGUGGAGAAAUGCAACAUUCUGGAGGGCGAGCCCAGGGAGUUCGAGGAGAAUUCCGAGUGCAUACGGUGCCAUCCGGAGUGCCUGCCGCAGCCCAUGAACGUGACCUGCACGGGACGUGGCCCGGACAGGUGUGUGCAGUGCGCCCACUACGUGGACGGCCCUCACUGCGUCAGCGCCUGCCCGUCGGGGGUCAUGGGCGAGAACAACACGCUGGUCUGGAAGUUCGCGGACGCCCAGCGCGUGUGUCACCUGUGCCACCCGAACUGCACCUACGGCUGCACGGGCCCGGGUCGGGAAGGCUGCCCGGAGAGGCCCCAUAUCUCAUCCAUCGCCACGGGGAUUGUGGGCGGCCUCCUCCUGGUGCUGGUGGUGGCUCUCGGGGUGGGCCUGUUUCUGCGCAGGCGCCACAUCGUGCGGAAGCGCACGCUGCGAAGGCUGCUGCAGGAGCGCGAGCUCGUGGAGCCCCUCACGCCCAGCGGAGAAGCGCCCAACCAAGCUCUCCUGCGGAUCCUAAAGGAGACGGAAUUCAAGAAGAUCAAGGUUCUGGGCUCCGGCGCCUUCGGCACCGUGUACAAGGGGCUCUGGAUCCCCGAGGGCGAGAAGGUCAAAAUCCCUGUGGCCAUCAAGGAGUUGAGAGAAGCCACGUCUCCGAAGGCCAACAAGGAGAUUCUCGACGAGGCCUACGUGAUGGCCAGCGUGGACCACCCCCACGUGUGCCGCCUGCUGGGCAUCUGCCUGACCUCCACCGUGCAGCUCAUCACCCAGCUCAUGCCCUUCGGCUGCCUGCUGGACUACGUCCGCGAGCACAAGGACAACAUCGGUUCCCAGUACCUGCUCAACUGGUGUGUGCAGAUCGCCAAGGGCAUGAACUACCUGGAGGACCGGCGCCUGGUGCACCGGGACCUGGCGGCCAGGAACGUCCUGGUGAAGACGCCGCAGCACGUCAAGAUCACAGACUUCGGGCUGGCCAAGCUGCUGGGCGCGGAGGAGAAGGAGUACCACGCAGAGGGGGGCAAGGUGCCCAUCAAGUGGAUGGCUUUGGAGUCUAUCUUGCACCGGAUUUAUACCCACCAGAGUGACGUCUGGAGCUACGGGGUGACCGUCUGGGAGCUGAUGACCUUCGGGUCCAAGCCGUACGACGGGAUCCCGGCGAGUGAGAUCUCGACCGUGCUGGAGAAGGGAGAGCGCCUCCCGCAGCCGCCCAUCUGCACCAUCGACGUCUACAUGAUCAUGGUCAAGUGCUGGAUGAUAGACGCGGACAGCCGCCCCAAGUUCCGGGAGCUGAUCCACGAGUUCUCCAAGAUGGCCCGCGACCCCCAGCGCUACCUCGUCAUCCAGGGCGACGAGAGGAUGCACCUGCCCAGCCCUACGGACUCCAACUUCUACCGCGCGCUGAUGGACGAGGAGGACAUGGAGGACGUGGUGGACGCGGAUGAGUACCUCAUCCCCCAGCAGGCCUUCUUCCACGGCUCCUCGCCCUCCCGCACGCCCCUGCUGGGCUCCCUGAGUGCCACCAGCAGCAGCUCCACCGCGGCUUGCGUUGACAGGAACGGGCAGAGCUGCCCCCUGAAGGAAGACAGCUCCCUGCAGCGGUAUAGCUCCGACCCCACCGGCGCCCUGACCGAGGACAUCAUCAACGGCACGUUCCUCCCGGCGCCAGAAUACAUAAACCAGCUGGUCCCCAAACGGCCGGCGGGCUCCGUCCAGAACCCCGUCUACCACAACCAGCCCCUCAACCUGGCUCCGGGCCGAGACCCCCACUACCAGAACCCCCACAGCAACGCCGUGGGCAACCCCGAGUAUCUCAACACCGCCCCUCCCCCCGCCGUCAACGGCGUCCCCGACGGCCCCGCCCUCUGGGGGCAGAAAGGCGGCCACCAAAUCAGCCUGGACAACCCCGACUACCAGCAGGACUUCUUCCCCAGGGAAGCCAAGUCCAACGGCAUCUUUAAGGGGCCAAUGGCGGAAAACGCGGACUACCUGAGGGCGGGCGCCCCGAGCAGUGAGUCUAUUGGGGCGUGACCGCGGAGGGAGCGACAGCGGAAACAACCCCAGACUCCUCGGCCCCCAGGACCACCGGCGGCGCUGCCACGCCCGUCCCCACCGCCGUGCCCCCACACGUCCUGGACCUCCAGACUGGUGGCCGUCUCUGCUCUGAUCGACUCCUCUUUCCACCGGGAAGUGCCCCUACUCCAAUGCACUCUGGGAGGCUGCAGGGGCAUCCCUUCGUCCCCAACCUGGGAGGCACUGGUGCCAGGCGUCCAGGAAAGGGUGCCGCCCAUCGGACCGAAGUUCACUUUACAAUGAGGUAUAUCUGAGGGG